AUGGACGACCUGCUGCUGCUGGCCACCGCGUCCGCGAGGUCCGUCUGCACCGUCGCCGCGUGCGCGUCGCUCGGUGUCUACGCGCGGCGCCAGGGCGCGAUCACGGAAGAGUCGGAGAAGGUGCUGGACAAGCUCGUGACAUCCGUGUUCUUGCCCUGCCUCAUCCUGAGCAGGAUGACCCCGCACAUCACGCCGGCCGACAUCGCCUCGAUCUGGCCGCUGGCGGUGGUGUGCCUCUGCGUGGUCUCCUGCGGCCUCGCCGCCGGCGCCGCGGUGUCCCUCGCGGUGCCCGGGGCCCGCGAGCACCGGGGGCUCCUCAUGACGGCCGUGGCCUUCCCGAACUCCUUCGCGGUGCCGCUCACCCUGGUGCUGGCGCUCGGGCCGCACCGCGCGCUGCUGGGCGAGGGCGCUGGCGCCGUGCGGGGCUUCUGGCAGCCCAGCGAGAGCGCCGCCGAGGAGCUGCGCGCGCGCGUGGAGUUCCUGUUCCUGACCUCCUACUCGCUCUGGGUGAUGGCGCGGUGGGGGAUCGGCUUCCCCAUCCUGACAGGCGCGAUAUCGUUUCAGGAGUGGCGCGCCAAGGUCCUCAACCCGCCGGUGAAGGCCUGCCUGCUGGCGGCGGCCGCGGGCCUCGCCUGGCGCGGCCUGCGCCCGGCGGGCCCGCUCAGCGCGGCUGCGGUGGAGGCCGGGCUGGCGCCGCUCACCGCGGCCGUCGCGUACGGCGGCCGCUGCAGCGUGCCGGUUCUGCUGAUGGCCCUGGGCAUGAAGCUCGACGCUGCCGCGCGCGAGGCCUGGACGGUGGCGCCGCCGCCGAGGGGAGCGGACGCGGACGUGGAGCGGGCGAAGAUGGUGCCAGCCGUCAUCGGCGCCGCGAUGCCUGGAGGCGCCGAGCCGCCCGCGCCGGCCCCGCCCGACGUCCUGGCGCCCGGUGGCGCGCGGCCGCUGCCGCUGGGCGCGCACCUGGCCGUGCUGGCCCUGCGGCAGGUGGCUGGCCCGUUGCUCGGCGCCGGGCUGGCGGGCGGUGUGCUGAGGGGCCUGUGCGGCGUGACGGACAGUGCGAUCCUGAUGGUCGGCAUGAUGCAGACUGCAGGGCCGCCCACGGGGGAG